AUGACCAUACCUGGCUCCUGGCCCAUCUGCUCUUGGCUGCAGUGUGCACCUCCUGUCUCCUGCAGCUACCUGGAGGAGCUCCCUGAUCCCCUGGUUAAGGUGUGUAAACCAGCACCUGCUAAAGACCAUCAGCCACGCGGGGUGCAUGUGGAAGAUGCUGCUCCGGUCACUGCGUCCGCACUGGCUGCGCCAGCUCCUCUGUCUGAGCGCCCUCUGUCUGUGGCCUCCAUCCUGUCAGCAGAACCUCAAGAAGACCAGCCUGAGUGGAAGAGAAUCACACCAGGCACUUCAGGCCUUGACCGUACCAUGUCAUUCCUAUCCUUGUGGCAGGCGACUGCCAAGGCCUUGUUCUUCCCCACCUCCUCACAUGGCCAAUCCCAGCAAGAGCAUCUUUCCCACCACCCAGCAAAGGCCUUGUUCCAGGGAGACCCCACACCCAGGCAGAUAGAGGCUGGUGACCCCUCUUUCAUCAACCCCUCUUUCAUCAACCCCGAUGUUCAAAAUCUGCUGGAGACACUAAUCACCAAGAGGGCAGAACGGAAGAUGUGGAAGGAAAAUGAAAAGGUCAGGUCAUUUCUCAACCAACAGAGCCCAGAAUCCUUCUGGAGCCUGAAAGGCAAACCAGAGCAACUGCCCAGCCCUCAGGAGCUCUCUUAUCCCAGGAUCUCGAAGGACCAUUUACAGCAGAAAUGCAGCCAGUUCUUCUGGGGCCUUUCUUCUCUGCACAGUGAGUCCCUGAUGGCUACUGCCUGGGUCUCUCGAAAGCAUUCCUCACAACCUUCUUCCUCAGUAACUGUUUUAUUCAAUAGAUUCUCUGAUUCUUGUCCAGCUCAAGCUCAGGCUACAGUACCUUCUCACCUUUCCCAGGCCAAGCCCUUGCCCCACCAUGUGGCCCAACUCCAACUCCUGUCUCAAAACUGGCGCUCACCUCUGACUCAGGUCCAGACACGGGCCCAUCCCCCAUCCUCUCUCCCAAAUCCAUUACGUUGUUCUCCACCUCUGACUAGGACCAGUAGAACAUCAUGUCCUACAUCCCAGAAGGAGUCACCAUCUUUCAUCCGAACUAGCCAUCAGCAUCUGGAAUGGCCCUCACAGAAGCGACUGAAACAGACUAGGGAUUUACCCUCUGUGUUCAGAGAAUCUCAGGAAGGCUUCAGCCAACACUCUCCCAACCUUCCCCAGAAUCACAAACUCGCCUCCAUCCUUCCUGGGGAUUCUACCAGCCCUUAUCUCCAAGAGCCACUGCAGCCACAAGGCACGUUCAUCAAAGAUGAACACCCCUAUGGUCUUGGGCAACUGACAAGGCCUCAAGGUGAAUUCUCACCAAUGAAAUAUCAGUGUCAGGCAAAAAUCAAGCAUGGGCCCUUCAAGCAUUCUCGAUUUGUGGAUGAAAGCAGCCAGAAUGCACAGAAGAUGGAGUCCAGGAGCUCUGGAAGAUUCUGUAAAAAGGGCACAGGAAAGUUCAAACUAGACAAAGACCCAAGCAAGAAUCCAGGCCAAGAUCAGGAUAGGAUCUUAGAAGACCCAUCCAAGGAUUCAGGAAGCACCUCAGUGAAGGUUGUGGAGGUCAAUAAGGAGUCAUCAGAAAGUGACUUGAUGAGGUCCCAGGAGUGUGACUCAGGAAACUACUUACUCAGGGCCGCAGACAAGCAGCAUCUACAAGAAACACCGAAAGUCCACUUGGGCAGGAAGUUGGGGGAGAUCAAUGAAGGCACAAUCCCUGGGAGUGUGUGUCAAUCCAGGCUUGCUGCCAGUCAUGCUUUUUCCAAGUCUGACACCCACACACAACCCAGAAAUCCAGCUUCCUCAAAGGGUGAGGCGUCCCGCGUGGACACUUCCCAGGACCUUUCCUUCCUCAGUCCGGACACUCAGCAGGCAUUAGACACACAUAUUAGAAGGAUUCUGGUGAAGAACAGGUGGAGUCCAGAUCUCCAGGACCCUGAACCCAUAAAUCUGAAGUUAAAUGAGGCUCAACCCUUGUCUCUUCCACAGUCCACCUCUUCCUCCUCGACUACCAGGGAAUUUGGGGCCAACUCAACAGCCGAGGUUGCCAAUUUCUUGGGAGAACCUCCUCAGAAAUAUCCAGGAGGGAAGGAAGCCCAGAGGUCUGUGUACCAGACAGAGACCCCAUCUAGUGACAAAUGUGGGCACUCAGUGGCCCCUCUGACUGGACAGAACGGCAGGUGGCUUUCUCAGCCCCUCACAUGCAAUGUCAUGGGCACAACCUGGCACAGUGCAAAUGUGCUGGGGGCUGGGAGAGGCAGCCUAGAGCUGAAUCCAAGUCCAGCAAUGUUCAGCAGUGAGCCACAAGAGGAGAGUGCAAGCAGGGCCUCAGGAAACAUGAGCCACAGCGCAGCAAUGCUGCAGAGCAACGUAGGAGCCCAGUGUCCAAGGGCCGAAGAGACCAGAAAGGCGGCAGCGGCUGCGGAGAAGCCCCCUGCUUGGGGAGUCACGUUGGGAGUGGGUGUGAUGGCAAAUACCCAGACUGAUAAUGUCAUUCUGAGGAGUUCAGGGUCUCUGGGGACUGGUAAAAGUGUGCCAUCCUCUAGAAUUUCCACUACUCAGGCACCAGGAGAGCCACACCUUACUGCACGGAUUGCUGGUGAGUUUGAGUGCAGGGUGGAGGCCGAGUCAGAGAAGGGGACUCACAAGUGUGUGACCGGUGUCCUCCUUCAAGACUCCGCCACUGGGGUGCUCCACGCUCCAGACAUCUGUUCUUCUCAGGCAUCUCUGUCUGGCUUCAAGAGCACAUCCAGCAACGAUGCAUUAGCCUCCCAAGGGCCACGUGACGUCUCGUGGAGGGGACGGAGCAGCCAGGGGCAGGAGAAACCUAGGAGCCCCAGAUUCCAGAACCUAUUGGAGAAGCAGAGCAAGAGGCUUGGCCCUAUUGACAGGAGUGAGGGCCACAGGAGGCCCACACAAGGAGCACGUGAACACAGGGCUGCAGGGCUCAGCCAGCCUGCCCAGGACAGGGAAUCGGUAGCGUCCUUAAGGAGCCAGUCCUCCCAGCUCCCACCAGAGAAGGGACAGGCAUCUCCAGAAAGCCAAUUCAGGCACAGGAUCUGGCUCUUUCUGCAGUGUCUUAAUCCCAAUAAAAAAGGCAAAGGACAGGACGAUCCCCUGCAAAAGGGAAGGCCCACGUCAGCCACAGCCUGGAGCCAGGGACCAGAUCCAAGCAGAUCAUCUGUGGACAGCAUGGCCGAAGCCCACGCAAUCAUUACAAGUAUUGAGCAGAUGCUGGUGGACAGGUUGCAGCUUCGGCAUGGACAUGGUCCCUCUGAGAUAAAUAGGCAUGAAGUGAACCUCCAGGCCCCAGUGGGAGGGCAUUCCUGCUACCCCAGGGGUCGUUCCUACCCAGAGCAAAGAAUAGAGAUGAAAGAUAUGGCCUGCAAUCGCCACGCCACCCCUGCGGGCCACAGCCAUCCUGUCAAGAACAGGCAGAUCAGAGACAGGGACAGCAAUUGGGCCUCACCACCCAGGAAGCAUGUGUCCCCAGCCAGUCCCUGCCAGCAUAGGACAGAGGUGGUGACAGCCUCUGGCCACCCUGUCCAUCACCCCAGGCACUGUCUUCUUCGAAGAGGCAUCUCAUCUGGUCACCCAGAUCAUGCUUCUCACCCCUUUCCUAGAGGGAAAACUUUUCCCCCAGAAGAAUCUCAGCACAUGCAGAGAAAAUCUGUUCUCACCCAGGUGGGCAUGUGCUCUGUGUACUAA